GGGUUUCGCAGGCUCCAGCUCAGGGAGAGGAUUCAGUGCGUGGGAGCGCUCCCGCUGUGGCAGGCAUGCGCACUGGGGGCGGCGCACUGCGCAUGCGAAAAGAUGGCGGGCAUGGCGUCCUGAGAAUCGUGGGUCUCCCUGCUCUCCUCCAGCCUGCGUGAUCCCUCCCGGGGCCAUUUGGGCAGUGGCGCGUGCGUCCCCGGCCCAACCUAGCCAAGUGAACCUCCGAGCAGACCGCGAGACCAGUUUUUGGCUCCGGGAACCAACGUGUUGGGAGCGGCGUCCGACCCGCGCAGGAGAAGGCGGGAGAGCUCGCGGGGUGCGAGGGCGAGGGGCCGCCGGCUGGGCAGCAUGAGUCAGCAACGGCCGGCGCGAAAAUUGCCCAGCCUGCUUGUGGACCCGGCAGAGGAGACGGUACGCCGCCGGUGUCGAGACCCCAUCAACGUGGAAGGCCUGCUGCCAUCAAAAAUCAGGAUUAAUUUAGAAGAUAAUGUACAAUAUGUGUCCAUGAGAAAAGCUCUAAAAGUGAAGAGACCUCGUUUUGAUGUAUCACUGGUUUAUUUAACUCGAAAAUUUAUGGAUCUUGUCAGAAAUGCUCCUGGGGGUAUUCUUGAUUUAAACAAGGUUGCAACAAAACUGGGAGUACGAAAACGAAGAGUAUACGACAUCACCAAUGUCUUAGAUGGAAUCGACCUGGUUGAAAAAAAAUCUAAGAACCAUAUUCGAUGGAUAGGAUCUGAUCUCAGCAAUUUUGGAGCAGUGCCCCAACAGAAGAAGCUGCAGGAGGAACUUUCUGACUUAUCGGCGAUGGAAGAUGCUCUGGAUGAGCUAAUUAAGGAUUGUGCCCAGCAGUUGUUUGAGCUAACAGAUGACAAAGAAAAUGAAAGACUAGCGUACGUGACAUAUCAAGAUAUUCAUAGUAUCCAAGCCUUCCAUGAACAGAUUGUUAUUGCAGUGAAAGCUCCCGCAGAAACCAGACUGGAUGUUCCGGCUCCCAGAGAGGACUCCAUCACCGUCCACAUCCGGAGCACGAAAGGGCCCAUCGAUGUUUAUCUGUGUGAAGUGGAGCAGGAUCACGCGAGUAGCAAAAUGUCUGAAGGUGCAGGGACCUCUUCAUCUAAAAACAAACACCCAGAGCCCCCUGAUCAAGAAGAAAAUCCUUCACAACAAAGUGAAGAAUUGCUUGAAGUAGGCAACUGAUAGGAGUUGAGAAUUCGAGUAGUGAGUGUUUUGGGACAUCCUGUAUGGAAGAAGUAUGCAUCGCGUUUGAUUCUCAGAGCAAUAAACUGUCCGUGAAGCUCCCUCGUUCCCGGCAGUAGCAGCAUUAAGGCCAGUAGCGCCGUUGAGCAGUUCACUACUUAGAUCACUGGAUAAUUAUGGUUCCUGCGGUCGAAAACAACUCUUUAUCGCAAUACACUGUUUUUUGUCAGUGAAACAGACUCUGAGCUACAGGAAUAAAUAUAUCACAAAGAGUAUUACUAAAACAGAUGGUCAAGCCUGAAAUGGACAAUUCUCCGUGGACUCUGCUCGCCCUUCAAAGCUCUAUGUCGUUAUCACAAAAGAAAUUGCCUUAUGUGGUUCACGUCUGCAGGUAGCUGUUGUAUACUGAUAGGUGUACACACGCGUCUAAGUGUGGCGUCUUUGUAUCUAUCUGUAUAAUGUUUAGAUUCCUUAUAAAAUAUGUCGGAGUGAAACUUGUCCCCAUUGUACAGCCAAAUAAUGUAUAUAUGGAAAUAACAAAUUCUCUAAUUCCUGUGGUAUCUAUAACUUAUUAGAAUCCUCGGAAUGAGGGUUAGAGGAGAGUUUUUUCCAAACUUCUACAUGUAGAAGUAUCAUAAAUACGCUAUCCAUUUAAAGUUCGUGGAUUUAAUGAAAGAAUUUCAGUAUGCUUCCCAGUGUUAGAAUUGGAUUUGAGCUACCUACAGCCAUUGUGUCUGAGCAGACCAGUGGCCUGCAGGGGCCAGUGUGGAAAUGCUAUCAGAUAGUGAUUUAAGUGAUCACGAGACAUGUAUUCAAUUAUGGUGAAAAUUGGAAACUAUUUUAACCUUUUGCCAGCAGAUUUUGUAAUAUGUUUCUGUAUGCAGCCUUGCUCGUCAGUCAAAGGAGUUUGACUUGUGAUGAGUUAGCCGCCCCCUGCCCUCUCGCCAGCGCUAGUCCCCCGUUUCCAAGUACCUAGCUAAUUCUACCUCACUGGGUAAGUCACUUACCGCUCUGUGCCUCAGUUCACUCAGUAGUUUACCGUUAGACUGUGAGCUCCUUGAGGGACUUUGUCUUAAUCCUUGUUAUACCCAGCACCUUGCACCAUGCCUGGCACAUAAAAAGUGCUCAGUAAGUGUUUGAAUAAAUCCGUGAGUGAGUGAGUUAUAAAAUCGGACUAACCGUACUUGGCUUGUCAGCCAUACAGGAAUCUUGUGAGCAGCAUCCAGAUUUAUAUAUUAAACCUCUUGCUUUCAGAGAAAGAUUUGAAGCAACUUGAAAUUAAGACCAUGUGUGAAAAGAUUUAAAAUAAGAAUCAAAAUAUUAAAAUACAACACCGAAUGUUUCAGGUUCUCAUAGCCUCUGAGCUGCAGUGGCUUUUCCAGUCCUGUCCUGUGCCGAGCCCCGGCCUCUCCCUCCUGGCAGUCCCUGCUGGCUUUCCUCUCAGGCCUGCGACUGCUGACAGUGUCCUCGCUGUGGACAUGCUUGAUGAACACGAGCUUUUCAGCCGGACUUGAGUACAUGUAGUCAGGUGCUCCCCGGGGAUAGAUCUGGGCCAAGCAUGAUAGAAUUGGUGGCCGUCCGUUUAUAUGCGAUGGCUGAAACCAUGAGAAGAGAUCAGGUCAUGUGAUGAGGGCAUAGCAGGAGGAGAGGAGAGGCCACGCACAUCUGUGUUUAUGGGGAAAUCCGGAAGAAAAAGCCUUUCCUGAGAAGGGAUAAUGAGAGGGGGUAAAAAGUAAAGAAGAUAGUUCCCUAAAAACCAGCACAGGAAACCGCCCGCCAAAGGUGAUAGCAUCGUUUCUGAGCAGCUGUUCUUACUGGUGAAAUGUGACAAAUGUUCUACUUCGUAAGUUGUUCUGAGGAUAAAAUGAGAUCAUGUGAAUGGAAGUCCUUUGUAAACUGUAGACACGUUACAUAAAGGCGUAUUUCCCGUCACUCCA